UGCCUGUAAACACACACAACAGGAGGAGGAAGAGGAGGAGGAGGAAGAGUAGGGGUCAACCAUGGAGCUGUAGCUCAGAUGCCCGAGCGGAUCGCCACCGGAGGAGGAGAGCGCUGCAAUGAACAAGACCAAGAGGAAACCCAAUGCUGAGACUCCCAGCGGGCUGAAGAGCAGGAAGCUGGUCCAGCGCCGGAGGAACACAUGCCCCAGUCCGCAGGACAUCAGCAAGGCCCUGCAGAGCCCCGGCUCUGCGGCCAGCGCCAGCGCCACCAGCCUGGACGAGCUCAUCCAGCGCUGCCUCAACUGUUUCGAUUCGGAGGGGAAGACCUCCAGCUCCCGCGGUUCGCAGCUGGUCCACAUGACCCUGAUGAUGCACAGCUGGGUGGUUCCCUCUCAGAUGUUCGUCCAGAAACUCCUCACCUUAUAUCCUUUGAGCCGCUGCUGCUGGACCGACUGGCGCUCCGCUCCAAAAUCACAUGUUUAGAAAGUUAUAAUCAGAUCAGCGAACAGCCGCCGCUUUGUUUGGACUCCUGUAGAGCAGCUUGGAGUUCACAUUCAUAUCCUUCAUUCCGGUUUGAAUCUUUGACUCCAUUUCCUGUCACCUAUAAGGAUUGUCCGGUAGACAAACGGGGACUGAGGCGGGCGCAGAUCUGCCACCUGGUCAGGCAGUGGAUCAGCCAGUUCCCGGCCGUUUUUGAGAAGGACCCCCUCCUGGAACAGACCAUGGGGGAUCUGUGGGAGCUGGUCCGGCUGGACGGAGAAAAGACGCACUCGCAGCUCAUCGACACGUCCUGCCAAAACCCUCUUGUGAACGCAUCGCAGGCGCCUUCGCCCUCGGUGAAGAAGAGGAAGGUGUCGUUAAUAUUCGACCACAUGGAGCCGGAUGAGAUGGCCGAGCAUCUGAGCUACCUGGAGUUCAAAAACUUCUGCAACGUCUCUUUCCUGGACUACCGCAGCUACGUGGUGCGAGGUUCUGUGAGGGACAACCCGGCGCUGGAGCGAUCCGUCAUGAUGUGCAACGGCGUCUCGCAGUGGGUCCAGCUGAUGAUCCUCAGCAGACACACGGCCCAGCAGAGAGCCCAGGUCUUCACCAAGUACAUCCAUGUGGCUCAGAAACUGAGAGCCUUGCAAAACUUUAACACUCUAAUGGCGGUGACCGGAGGCCUCUGUCACAGUUCGAUCUCUCGCCUCAAAGACACAUCCAACCUGCUGCCCCCUGACAUCACUAAGGUCCUGAGUGAAUUCACAGAACUCCUCUCUUCGCGGAGCAACUACAGCAACUACCGGCGGGUCUACAACGAAUGCAGGGGCUUCAAGGUGCCCAUCCUGGGUGUCCACCUGAAGGACCUGAUCUCGCUCAACGAGGCUCUGCCAGACUACAUAGACGAGGAAAAGAUCAACCUGAGCAAACUGCAGCACCUGUACAGCAACAUCAACGACCUGCUGGCCAUUCACAGCUGCAAGCCGCCGUUCGAGGCCAACAAAGACCUUCUACAUCUGCUCACGCUGUCUUUAGAUUUGUACUACACAGAGGAUGAGAUAUAUGAGCUGUCAUACAACAAGGAGCCCAAAAACCCCAAGAUUCAGCCUGUCGCUCCUGUUAAACCACCGGUAGUGGCAGAAUGGGGAUCUGGGGUCACCCCCCGGCUCGACUCGGACACCAUCUCAAAACACGUAAAACAGAUGGUGGAUUCCAUCAUGAAGAACUACGACCUGAACCAGGACGGCUACAUUUCACUGGAGGAUUUUGAGAAAAUAGCAGCCAACUUUCCAUUCACCUACUGCACUCAAGAGACUGACAGGGAGGGGCAAAUUAGCCGAGAAGAAAUCACCUCUUACUUCAUGAGAGGAAUGUCCGUCUGCGCUAAGCUGGGCUACAACUUCAACGAAACGCAUAACUUCCAUGAGACGACGUACAAGCGGCCGACGUUCUGUGACACGUGUGGAGGCUUCCUGUGGGGCGUCAUCAAACAGGGCUACCACUGCAAAGAUUGUGGGAUAAACUGUCACCGACACUGCAGAGAUCUGGUGCGGACGGGUUGCCAGAAGAAACACAAAAACACAACUGGGUCGUGUCCGUGCACUCCCGGUCCUGAAUCCAGAUCCAAGGGCAACAGCUGGAGUUCAGAAGAAGAGACCUUCGUUUUCCCCCCAAGCAACGACACUGAACAAAACAGAGUAACGUCAGACUGGACACAGAACAUGGGCGAUUCCACGCUGUCGGACCGCUCCACUCAGACCGACCCCGGGGUUUGGACGCCUGAGAGGAGGGACCGGAGGGGAAACCACCUGUACUGUGUUGGACAUGCGUCCCCUGACAGACGGGCCAAGACGCUGCCGCACCGAAGCAGAGGUUGCUCCAUGCCGGUUUCCUUCCUUCAGGACAAGCUGGACGAGCUGCAUCUGCACAAAGACAAAAGCCGAGAGCCGGACUGAACCUCCUCUUCCUGCUCGGACAAAAAGCCAACCAGCGCCGCCGCCAUGUUUGUUCCGCCGCCGACAUCGAACUUAUCAGACUCUUGGCUGUAAAUGGACUUCAUAGUUGUGACGUUCUUGUUAGUUUGACUCUGGAUUUUUCAAGCAUUUUUUUUUGUUUCCUGUGUAAUUUAUGAAAAUCUUGUUUUAUUUGAAGAACACGUGCCUUCCAUUUCUGGUGCUAAGAUGAAUUUCUGCAAACCUACAGACAUUUCUUGAGCUUAACACACAGGAGCAGGGUAGGAAAUUAACACUAAGCAGCAAAAACAAAUAUUUAGUUCAACUUUGGCAGCUAUAUGACGAAUGAUUAGUAAAUUGGGUAAGUAAACAUAUGACUUUAUUUGGGAUUGAAUUUGAUAAUAAUUCCAGUUUUACUAAGAGCUGGGAAAUUCCGACUUCGCAGUGGGAAUAAUAAACUGGAACACCGACUACCCCCAGUUAAGGCCUACUUCCUGUUUCAAUAUGGCCGCUCCUCACAUCAAUAGCAGCAAGAUGUGGUGGAAACAUGUAGCAUCUGAAACUACAUAAACUAAAGGCAGAAAGUAAAACUUGAAAUGAUGUAUUGAAAACAAUGUUUAUGGGUAUCGCCAUGUUGUUGCCAUUAUCUUGGGUAAAAUAUAGCUUCGAGUUCCCACUUCCCAGGUAUUGGGGCCACGAUAAGAAAAUAAAUUAAAAUUAAAGUAAUACGAGAAUAAAGUUGUACUAGAAUGAGUUCAAAAUAAUACGAUGCUCAUCAGUGACGUGCGGUGAGGUUCAUAGCUGGUGAGGCAUUGACUUAAUCAUAAUCAUAUUUACAAAUAUAGACCCCCUUCAUGUUAUUUUUACAUGAGGAAAUUUUGCGCAUGCGGAUAAAGCUGGAGGGCAAAAAGUAUGGACCUUACCAGAGGGGCCGCUUUUCAUUGGCUGAUGCCCAUUCUAUUUUUAGCGCGGCUAUCACGUGCGUGGCCGUCUCACAAACAGGCUUCCCGUUAGCUAAGUACAGCAUAAUGGCAGUACUAAUACAACUUCUACACCUUGAAGCCUGUCUGCUACACAGUCUUACGUUAGCUAAACAGAUCAAUAUGCAGUGUGUACUGUAUCUGACACACACUAAAGAUUUUAUUUUAGCAGAAAAGGCUUUGGACUAAACUGUUACUUGUGUUAGCCACUGUAGCACCAAGUACAGUGUAUCAGGCCUAGGCACACUCAAACAUUUGCCAACAAAUCACAGGAAUCGCCCACUGAUUUCAAAAGUAACCAACAAAACGAUGAAUGCCCGACUUUCCCAGCCUUGCAAGAACAAUAGGCAUCAGUGAUCGUGUCCACAGCUAUAUUGAUGUAGCGGGUGUGUGGAGCUGCCGUUUUCCUCAGCCAACGAAAGCAUUUUGCUGUGACGUGCACAAUGUUGGAGGCAUCGCGUGGCUCUAAUACCUUGAUCUCGUCCAAAAAAGAUGACAUGAACUUGUUAGUUCCUCUGUCCAUUGUAGUAGCUGAUAUAUUGUGAAAAUCCGAGUCAUAAAUAUACUAUCGAAGUGGAAGACGCCAUGUUUACAUAGAUACAACGCGCCACGAGGCUUUGUUUGUGAGACUUGCGGGAUUUUCUAGGUCGGUUGUGGGCGGAGUUUGGUAAGGUCCAUUCCUUUACUUACCAUCCAUAGCCGCGCUGCCGCCGUAGAAUAAUUCCGUUAACUCAAUCAAACUUGGACAUAUUAAUUUCGUGCUGUGCUCCGCAGCAAAGGGGAAAACCGUUGAAGUACAACUCAAAACCACUUCUUUCUCGCUCUCUGUACCAGCACAGCUACGCGUAGACAGUUGCCAUAGCAACUGACAACAACGCCCCCCAAAAAACAAAUAUUUGCCACACAAAGAGCAGAACAUUCAGUCUGUUGCAGUGGUAUGGUUUUAGGCUUAAUGUUUAUUUUGAGGUUAUUAAAAAGUUAUUGCUGUGGUAAGAGGAGAAAACUAUAAAUAUAUCGCUGCACUUUACCGUAUGGCUAGCUCGCUGUUACUGUCUCUUACUCUGCAGUUGUGAAGUCUCAAUGUCUGGGAUCAUGAGCGCCCCCUGCCAUGAGGCAAGAGACUGCCUGCCUCACCUCGAAUCUGUUCUCUGCCGUUUCUUCUCGCUCCUCAGCACACGACGCACGUUACACACAGAGUUGGUGACAAAAAACACUGUACAUUAAAUACAUGAGCUAAAUUGUGGAAAAUCAGUACAUACAUUAAAUGUUUAUUAACCAUUUUAUUGGCAACGUUCAGACAGGAGGAACAUGCUCCCAUAGAAUGGCAGCCAGUGCAGUUAGUGAGUUUGAUGAAUCCCAGGUGAGGCUCAGCUCGCUGCUGCCUCACCUGCUGCACUUCGAGCAUUUGAAUGGGAAAAUGCGAAAAUUCAGCGAUUUUAAGAAAACAUAAUCAGAGUUGCUUAAGCUAAAUGAAAAAUAUGUACUUUAUAGUACAAACCACAGGGUGAAAAUAGCAAUAUAAAUUAUUUUAUCAUAUAUUAUGAUGGCCUGACCGCACAUCACUGAUACUCAUGACUAUUUUCGUAUUAGUAUGACUUCUCAAAUUUUGAUUUUAAUCUCUUAAUCUAUUUUUCGCGAUUUGUGUUUUCACUGGAUUCGUAAUACUAUUACAACUUGCAUUCCUACUGCUUUCUCGUAAAACUGAUUAUUCUUGUAAAGUCAUGCGAGAGCAAAGUCAAAAUAAUCAAAUUCUUGUGAUAUAACUUAUUACAACUCGUAUUUUAACUUAUCAAACAACUUUAUGAGAAUAUAGUCAAAAUAUGCGAUUACCGCUGAAUGAGAAUUUGGUUGAAUAUGAAAAAAGUUGUAAAAUUACUGUAGUUUACAACUUCUUAAAUUUAUUCUCAUUUUAUUUUUUUAGUAUGGCCCCAAUACUCUAUUGUACGAGGUAACAGGAAUGAAAUGCGACAUUGGACUCUUUCUGCACCACUUGGUUCAGUUUUGAAGCAACAUGAAAACAAAAUGUUUAUUUCCUGCCCUGAAAAUAACUUCAAAUUUCUUCAUUUACUGUUCAGCAGGACUGCACUGGAACAACACAGUAAUUAUUCUCAUCUUCCUCCUUUUGUCCUUUGUUGAUUUCAGUUUUAUCAAAAAAAUAAAGAGAAAUACAAAUACAGUCAUAAGUUAUGUGUUGUGUUUGACUUUCCUUUAAAAACUGGGAACCAAAAAGACAUUUUCCACUCAUCUGUAGGUGUUUACAACUGUGUUUAUUGUAUAAAGACAAGACAGCUGGCGUAACUGGUCAAAAACUCUGAUUCUGUUUUUUUAAGGUAGAAAAAAAAAAACUGGCUUGAACUACAGGACUCAAUGAACAGCAAUUAAAAAAAAUAAAAAAACGGGGAUGGAAAUUAUAUAUAAAAAUAAAGCGAAUUA